GUCUGAUGCGACGACCACCCUCUUACGCCUUCACUCUUUCUUCCAAUUUCAACUUGACAAAUGUACCACGUUCACGACUGCCGAUUUCACACAUUCCAUCCGAAUCAGAGGACUUUGAGGUCGUAAAGUUGACGGCACGCGACGCUAGUCGCUGUAUGCGAAGCGCGCAAAAGAAGCAUCAAUCGACGCGAUCAUGGCCGGUAAAGAAGCAACAGUCUACAUCCUGGAUCUAGGAAAGUCAAUGGGUGAGAAGAGACAUGGCCGCGAUCAGACAGACCUGGAUUGGGCAUUGGAGUAUGUGUGGGACAAGAUUACCACUACUGUCGCGUCAGGCAGAAAGACCGCGCUGAUGAGCGUGAUAGGCUGUCGGACAGAUGAAACGGAUCUUGCUGGCAGUAUGGAAGAAGGAGAAGGAUAUGAGAAUAUCAAGGUAUUCUCAGAUUUGAAGCAAUAUUUACUCGGCGAUAUUCGGAUGCUGCAAGACCAACUCAAACCAAGCAAAACAGACAGCGGCGACCUACUUUCCGCCCUUGCGGUAGCUGUUCACACGAUCGACAAUGCGACACAAGGUGCCAAAGGCAACCCAUUGAAGUACGAUCGCAGGGUGAUCAUUGUGACUGACGGUCGCGGUCAAAUGGACACAGGCGAUCUCGAGGAGAUGGCAGCGAAGAUCAAAGAUCCAGCUGCUCCAUUCGAGAUCGUGUUGCUCGGUCUCGAUUUCGAUGACGAAGAUGUGGGCUAUAAAGAGGAGGGAAAGGACGCUCAAAAGGCAAAGAACGAACGUAUAUUGAAAGGCUUUAUAGAUGACUGCGAUGGCAACUUCGGUACCCUUGCGACAGCCAUCGAUCAACUUCAUACACCUCGUCUCAAGGAAACCCGCCCAGUCCAGAGCUACAGAGGCUCGCUUACUCUGGGAGAUGCUAGCAAGUACGAGGCUACCAUUACCAUUGACGUUGAGCGAUACCCAUGUACUAUGAUAUCGAAACCGCCCACAGCAAGUACAUUCGCAGUGCGGACGGAUCCAGGCGCGUCAGGGCAGUCAUCGACGACUGUAGUUGGCGAAGAUCAGCCGAUGCCCGAUCUUGCAGCAGUUCAUAACCAGCGCAUCUACCAAGUGGACGACCAGGAUCAGCCUGGUCUGAAGAACCCGGUCGAGCUCGACGAGCUAGAGCGCGGUUACGAAUACGGCAGGACUGCGGUGCACAUCUCAGAAUCCGACAUGAAUGUCGUCAAACUGGAAACUCAACAGUCUCUAGAGUUGGUAGGCUUUGUAAAGGGUGAGGAGUUUGAACGCUACCUCCCUUUGGGCCGUUCCAACUACAUUGUGCCGCAGAAGGCCAACACCCAAGCACAGCUCGCUUUGUCUUCGUUCAUCCACGCUCUCUACGAAGCUGAUUGCUAUGCGAUCGCAAGGAUGGUCGCCAAAGAUCUCAAACCUCCGGUGUUGUUGCUCCUUGUUCCCCGUAUUGAGCUUGAGUGGGAGGCUCUAGUCGAUGUUGAGCUGCCUUUUGAGGAGGACAUGAGACGGUACAAGUUCCCACCAUUAGAUCGAAAGCUCACAGUCAGUGGUAAAACUAUCACGGAGCACAAAGACUUGCCAACCGACAAGCUCCUUGACGCAAUGAGCGACUAUGUCGAUGCAAUGGACCUAUCGACAUUUGGCCGUGACGAAGAAGGCAACCCUGAGGAGUACGCUAAACCAGAGGAUACAUUCUCGCCCCUUGUCCACCGCAUUCUGCAUGUCAUCAAAUGGCGAGCGACGCAUCCCGACCCUACACUGCCAAUUCCCGAUCCGCCCGAAAUCCUGAUGAAGUACUCCGCGCCACCAGCAGAGCUCCUUGCAGCAUCGGAAAAGCAACUGAAGAGAUUGAUGGAAGCAGCAGACGUCAAGAAAGUCCCACCGAAAGCUAAAGGGCGAGGCAAACGCCAGCGUGGAGAUCGUGACAAGCCCCUCUCGGGUCUCGAUGUUGACGAACUCCUCGGCAACCCCAAGCGUGUCAAGAUCGAAACCAACAACCUUGUACCCUCGUUCAAACAAGCACUGGCCGCUUCCGACGACAUGGAGGCUAUUCAAGAAGCCGUGGAUGACGUUGCGAAGGAGAUUCGCAAGCUUAUCAGUAAUAGUGUUGGCGACAUUGCUUAUGGUCGGGCUCUUGAAGCUAUUCGCGUCAUGCGUGAAGAGCUUACCGAGCUUGAGGAGCCAGACAUAUACAACCCCUUCAUCAGGCAACUAAAAGAAGACAUUCUGGGUGGCAAACUGAAUGGCAAUCGACGCGAUAUGUGGUGGAAGAUCAAAGGGAGCAAGUACGGACUUGUGGACUCGAACAGGUGUUUCGCUAGCUCUGUGACUGAGGAUGAAGCGAGGAGAUUCUAUGAGAUCUGAGGAGGCUGGACUGUUGAACUGGGCGAGUCAACCUGAGGGAAUAGAAGAUUAGAAUCUGAUGGGACGUUGCGAUAAAAUCCCGAAAUCACACGUUCACAGAGGGGCCACUGCAGCAUGAUGGUAUGCACGAAUGUAUUUGUGUCUCGUCGUC